AUGAGCAGGUAUGUCAGCAUCAUAGCCAUGGCUACUCUCAUUCGUUUGUCUAUUGCGUUCAUCAUCGUGUCGGUCGCAAAUGGGCUCCACGAUGAGAGAUGUGUGCAUCUGGAAGACAAUCACCGCGCAAUUUUUAGAAAGCAAAUUAAGGAGCAGUAUCCGUCUCUUUUCUAUCAAUGCGAACUUGAAGGCGCAGCUCUUGACUUUAUCGAAAGUGAAAAUUUCGAGCAGGUAAAAAAAGAUCACUCAAAUCUGAAACUUGGUAAUGCAUCGAUUACAAGAGGUGUACUGUGUUACAGAAUUAACAUCAAUGACAAAUUCGAGAAUUUGGUGCUCUAUGCGUUUGAUAAUUUACAUAACGACCUCGCAGCGCAUAACGACGGCAAGAGCAGUGUUGGCUGCAAUUAUCAGUACAACUUGUACAAAGGAAAUGAAAUCGCUUGUGUCUUUGCGUAA